AUGACUGCCGGUGUGGCGGGCUACACAGCGCUUCACCUGGCCUCUAUACACGGACACCACCACAUCAUCCAGCUCCUGAUCAACACCUACAAUGCCAGAACUAACAUCAGGGACUACCAUGGGAAGCAUGCAGUCCACUACUGGAGUGGCAACGCUGAUGUGUUCAACAAACCAGGCUCGCAGUCAUGUGGGAAGUGGUCGUCCAAAGGAGGAAGAAAGGCCCAGCGCUACACCAACCUACCCUCUCUGCUCCUCUCUCGCUCACGGAGCCAGGGGAACCUCAACAACCUGGAGUUUGGGACUGCGCCUCAGACCCCCCGCUCCCCAUCCAGUAUGGACUUCCACAGCUUCCCAUCCCCACAGCUCUAUGGAGAUCAUUUCUGAAUAAAGAUAGAUACCAGAUUGUUUUAUACUGAGUCCCAAAUGGAACCCUAUUCCCUAUAUAGUGCAUAUAUAUAUAUAUAGUCCCAUAGGGCUCUGGUCAAAGUA